AUGACGUUGCCGGAAAUGACAGAGGAGGGAGUGGAUGCUGGAGAAAAAGUCAGAAGCCCGGGGUGUUCAGAUGGAAGGAACGUUGGAGUCUUUGCAUUUUCUGUGGCAGACAAAGUAACCAAGCGAGUUGGAGAGACUGUGACCUUACAUCCUAACGGUACCAAAGAAUCACUGAAUAACUUCCUCUGGACCUUCGGCCCAAAUGCUCCAGUUGAAGCCAUCGCCAUCGUCACCAACAGAGAAGUUACUAAAGUCAAUGGGACCAGAUUUGGAAACAGGCUGCAAACGACUGCACACAACGGAUCGAUCACCAUCUGUAACCUGACUGUUGGUGACAGUGGAAUAUUUUAUAUUCAGAUCUUAACAGAAUCAGGAAUCCUGAAAAGAACCAUCUACCUGACUGUUCAAGGUAUGUCGACUCUAAUAAUCCCUAGAGAGUACAGUGGACUUUACAAUGUCCAGAUAUUGGAGGAUAAUGAACCACACUCAAGAAAGUGCUACAAUGUUACUGUAUAUGAGCCCGUUUCUCUUCCAUAUUUCACAACCAACAUCACAGAAAUAUUUGAUAUCGGACCUUCACCAUCAGAUAAGGGCUGUUAUGUAGCUUGUUCUGUGAAGAACGGACCAGAUGUGAAUCUGACCUGGUUUAACGGUCCAACAAUGAUCAGCAGUGUAUAUGACUCCAUGAACGUCUCCAUGAAUCUCAGUUUACCUUUAAAGAUCCAACCAGAGAAUAAAGAAAAUUUCACCUGUGAGGCCAGAAACCCGGUAACAGUGGAGAGAAAAACUCUCAGCUCUACAAUGUGGUGUCCAUCUCAUCAACCAGGUACACUUUGUUCUAUCUAA